GUCGCCGGGGCUGUGAGGAACCAUGAUCCUUGCGGGCCACCGUCCCGGAAGUGGACCUUAGAGGAAGAAAGUACGGGGGUUCCUGGGGAGGAAUGCUCGGCAUUCUAGGUGAGGAUUCACAGAACUAUUGUGGCAAGUGUUGGCAGGAGGGACCCAGAGGUUUUAGUAACUUCACCUGAAGGAGCCAGCGUCUCUGCUGAGCCUUACCUGUUUGUGGUGGGGCAGAAGGUGGCCCAGGUUGGGUGAGCCUCGGGUCUUCUGGUAGGAGCCCAUCUGAGAAAGCCAGUCUGCGUCCUUUCUCCGUGGCGACCUCAGGGAUGAGCUGAUGCUUUAGUGGCUUGUCAUGGCCCAGCGGGCAGUGUGGCUCAUUAGCCACGAGCCGGGAACUCCACUUUGUGGCACCGUCAGAUUCUCCAGACGGUAUCCAACUGUUGAAAAACGAGCCAAAGUCUUCAAUGGAACAAGUUAUGUGCCUAUUCCUGAAGAUGGUCCCUUUCUUAAAGCACUGCUUUUUGAACUUAGAUUAUUGGAUGAUGAUAAGGACUUCGUAGCAAGUCGUGAUAGCUGUUCUCACAUCAAUAAAACAUCUGUCUAUGGACUCCUAGUAGGAGGUGGAGAACUCUGGCCAGUUGUUGCUUUUCUGAAGAAUAACAUGAUAUAUGCUUGUGUUCCGUUAGUUGAACAGACUUUAUCCCCUCGUCCACCAUUAAUUAGCAUUAGUGGAAUUUCACAAAGCUUUGAACUUCUUUUUGGGAUACAGGAUUUUCUUUACUUGGGUCAAAAAAAUGACACUGAGUUAAAUACAAAAUUGAACCAACUGCCUGAUUUGCUUCUACAAGCUUGUCCAUUUGGAACUUUGUUAGAUGCCAACUUACAGAAUUCAUUGGAUAAUAUUAAUUUUGCUUCUGUGACACAUCCACAAAAACAGCCAGCCUGGAAAGUUGGAACAUACAAAGGAAAACCACAAGUUUCUAUUUCUAUCACUGAAAAGGUAAAAUCCAUGCAAUAUGAUAAACAGGAUAUAGCAGAUACAUGGCAGGUUGUUGGAGCAGUCACUUGCAAGUGUGAUUUAGAAGGAAUCAUGCCAAAUGUUACCAUCAGCUUGAGUCUUCCCACCAAUGGAUCUCCACUUCAGGACAUUCUAGUUCAUCCUUGUGUGACUUCUCUUGACUCUGCCAUUCUGACUUCUAGUAGCAUUGAUGCAGUGGAUGAUUCUGCAUUUAGUGGACCUUACAAAUUUCCAUUCACUCCUCCUUUAGAGUCUUUCAACUUAUGCUACUAUACUUCGCAGGUUCCAGUCCCACCAAUUUUGGGUUUUUAUCAAAUGAAAGAGGAAGAAAUACAAGUAAAAAUAACGGUUAACUUAAAACUUCAUGAAAGUGUGAAAAAUAAUUUUGAAUUCUGUGAAGCUCGUAUACCUUUUUAUAAUAGAGGUCCAAUCACACAUGUGGAAUGCAAAGUUAGUUUUGGCCAGCUUGAAGUAUUUCGAGAGAAAAGCUUAUUGAUCUGGAUUAUUGGACAGAAGUUCCCCAAAUCGAUGGAAAUUAGUCUUUCUGGAACUGUAACUUUUGGAGCCAAGAGUCAUGAGAAGCAGCCAUUUGAUGAGAUUUGCAUUGGAGGUACAGCAUAUUUAAAGCUUCAUUUUAGGAUCUUAGAUUAUACACUCACUGGUUGUUAUGCGGAUCAGCAUUCGGUUCAAGUUUUUGCAUCAGGAAAACCAAAAAUAAGUACACACCGGAAGCUAAUUUCUUCUGACUAUUACAUCUGGAAUUCUAAAGCUCCUGCGCCAGUAACAUAUGGAUCAUUAUUACUGUAAUUAUAUUUAAAUAGGAUUUAUAUAAUGUAACAUAGCUUAAAUUAAAUCAUUAAGUCUUUUAUUUUUAAUGUGUGUGCAUAUAACCUAUGAAUGAAAAAAGUCAUUGAUUAAAUCAUAAAAUGCUCUUGUUUAAUGUGUUUAUCCUGACAUAGUUUGAGAGAACAUUUUAAAGACUAAUGUUUCCUAUUUUGUUACCCUUUGAUUUUACUCAAAUAUGAUUCAGAGCAUAAAACAGUAGUGAUUCACUUUAGGCUUAUUUUAAACUAGUCCUGCGUCACCCUAUCAUAUAUACUUUUCCUGUUCCCAUGGCAGACAUGGCUAAUCAGUUGUAGCCUUCUUUCUACACUGAACCUUCCUGGGUAUGGGCUCAGGCUCUUUCUCAUUGCAGAGCUGCAAACAGCCACUCCUGAUGGAUUGUAGAUAAAAAGAUGGAUGUGCAAGAUGAAAAAACCUCUUUGCUCUUUCAAACCUGAGUAGUAAGCUCCUGGUACAAUGUAUUGUUACGGAAUACCAGAAACCACCGUAAAUUUCUUGGGGGAAAAAGUCAAUGAAAACAGGGAAACAAACUGAGGGCUUCAGAGGGGAGGGGAGUAGGGGAAUGGAAUAGGCUGGUGAUGAGUAUUAAGGAGGGCACAUAUUGCAUGGUGCACUGGGUGUUAUACGCAAGUAAUGAAUCAUGGAACUUUACAUCAAAAACUAGGGAUGUACUGUAUGGUGACUAAUAAAAAAUUAUUAUUAAAAAAAGAAAACAAAGGAAUAUUGUUUAAAUAGUAAUCUGUUCUUAAUCAGAACUAUCCUAUUGACUAAUAAAGAAUCUGAAUAAUUCUAUUUAAGGUGUUUGUUCAUCUCUGUUCUAGAGUUACUUUUCAGGUAAGCUUAUUAAUCUGCCACAAUAACAUUUUGCUCAGGAUGUCAGUAAGCAUACUAAGAGGGGUGGGAUACCUUCAGAAAAUGAGUGUAGUGUUUUGUGAUCACUUAAUGCCUGCAGCCAAAUUUUUAAAGAUAAAUUUAGGUAUAAUACUGUUUUUCAUGUUUAUUGUAUGAAAAUUCUUAAUGAAUUCAGGUAAAGAUUCAAAAGCUGUUCUGUGGGUAGAGAGUAUUACUUAAUCUUAUUUCAGUGUCGUGUAGCCUAUUUCCUUUAAAUUUGUCACUCCUGCUUCUUUAUUAGCAUUCUCUUGAUUUCUUCAGGAACCACCCAGUCAUACUUUUUAUUCUCUGUCUUUACAAAUUAUAUGUCUUAUUCGGUUUUCAAAGCAGUUCCUUGUCAAGUUGGACUUUAAGUGACCAUUCAAGAAAAGCUGAAAUCUCAAGAUCCUCAAAACUUAAUCCAUGUCAAGUUUCUUUUUAUGGAACAGAAUUAGAAGUGUUAUGAAAAAACAUGCAUUACAGAUUAAUAUUCAAUUAAAUUAUCUCUUGGUUUCUAUUUUUUUAAUCAGUCUCCUAAGGAAAAGCUUAGAAGAAGCUUCUAACUCCUUGAAAGAGAGCUAUGAUAGUUUGAAGGGAGAGUGCAUAUAAAUUUAGGAUUUGAAAUAUGAUUUUUUAAUUAAGGUCAAUCUCACUCAUUAUAAAUUCUCAUUUUCUGUAAGGUAUUAUCAUGGCAGAAUACUCUAUGUUCAAAAUUAUCCCAAGUAACAAAGAAAAUAGAAUAACUGCCUGACCAGGACUUUAAUUUAUUAUUCUGGCUUAAUCAUAGAUAAUCAGUAGUAAAAACUUUCCUUUUGGAAGCAGAAAAAAGCCCAUUUCGCUUAAGUUAUUUGAUCUCUCUUAAAUUCAAAGAAAGCUUAACGUUUAACUUAUGUUAAUAUUAAUGGAGCCAUUUGGACAUCUUGAUUGUAUAAAUGUUGAGUAAAGUACACUAAGAUAGGCAAGAGACAUUUAUCUAGUAAGUACAUAGAUCCUCAGUAUAAUAAUCCCCUAGGGAAAACUUUCUUUAUAAGCAAUCAGAAAAACCAGUGAAUCUUUGAUUUGAUAUUUCUAGAAGCCUGAGGAAAAUCUAGGGAAUACUGGAAAAGUGUAGGGCGAAGGGGAACCUGAUGCCAUCUGUUGCCAUUCCAUUCUAACAUAACACUACAGAACUAAAACCAACUCAUGUUUUCAUCCUGUUGAGAUCAGCUGGGCACACUGUGAUGCUUUUGAUUUUGUCUAGAAACCUGUCACUUCAGGAUAAUUUCUGAAGACAAAGUCUGUUUCCCGUUUGGUAGGUGACCUGUUUAAUGUUUUCCCUGUGUCUGGGAACUCCUUAGUGUAAUUAGCGACCUUUGAACUCCACAACUAAUCCUGAGCUAUUUUGUAUUCCUUACUCAUCUUUAAGGCUGGACCUUUCUUUUCUUCAGAGUCUGCUGCCACAAUUAAAGAAGAAACAGCUGCAUUUCAAAGGGAUUCCGAUUCCAGAAGCUUAAUCGUGAUUGACAUGUUCUUAUUCUAAGCUAUAAGACACUCUAAGAGUCCUUUCUUGGGUUAAAACUUCAAUCAUUUUCUAAAAAAUUAUCUCACUAUGGAUUUUAUUCAUUUUCUUUGAUAACUAGUCUUUGCAUUUUUUAACUUGAAAGAUGCUUUGCAUUUGCGGUGAGUAUGAGCAUCUACUUCCAGUGGAAGAUUUGGAUGGUGUCAGACAUACUCUAGAUGCAAAAUUGCUAAAUUCCCUUUUAGUGCCAAAAUAUGAUUAUGAAAUCUGAUGUCUAUCACAAGGGUAAUUAUUCUUCAGUAGACCCAACAGGUACAAAAAGUGUUAAAUUUCUGAAAACGUACUCUAAAAAAAGUGGUUCUUGAUUUUCGUAAAACCCUUCUUCGUUUUUUACUGAACAGUAUUUUUUAAACUUUUUAAAGCCAGCAAUGCUCUUACAGUGUAUGGGCACUUUCUAUUUUUCCUUUUUAAAUUAUCUAUUCGAAUGUCAGGUUUGAAGGAAAUAGCCUUAUCAGGAAUUCUUGAGAAUUAUUUGUGUAAAAAGGUUUUUUUGAUUAAACAAUAGUCUGUCUCAUAAACUUUAUUUUUUUCACACCAACUCAGUAUUUUGGAGUUAAAAUUAUUGUGAUUUUUAUACAUUGUAUGAUUUAAGGUCUCAAAGCACAAUUUUAUACACAGUAAUAACUAAUAUUUUAUUUUUUAUUAUAGUAUUUCAUACUGCUUUAGAGACAUUCAUAGACUCCUGUACCACCCCUGAGAGGCAGGUAGGUCGAGUUAUCAUCCAGAGCCUCUGUGGGGACUGCUGCCAUAGCAGAACAGUUGUUUCUAAGACAAAGGUCAGAAAAGGGAUGUUAAUAAACAGUCCUCAGGUUUAAGGGACUUUUUUAGGAUUACAUCUUAAAUUCCAACAAAUCAGAUUUAGGAGUUACUGAAAGUGAAAUUGAUCCAUCCCUCAUCCAAACUUUGCAAUACUUUCCUGUUCUGACAUCAUUUAGAUAGUUAGCUGUAUUAUCAGAUUAGAAACCAUUGUGCCCGGCUGCUGAAAGGAAAAGGAGGCAAAAAGCUAAACAUGGGAUGAAUUCUGAACCUUUUAACCUGGCUGAAGUACGUUGGUCCCUGUUAUGCAAAUACCUUCAAUCCUCUGCUAAGUUCAGUGGAAAUAAUUUUCUUGAAUGACAGGUUUAUUCAGCAAGGAUUCAGUUGGUGAUUAAUCCCCCUUUGAUCUAGGGUAUUUCACUUAACUACCAGUUACCUCGUUCUGACAAAGUGCAACUGAGAUUAGGAAGAUCACUAGAACACUACCAGGGUGUGCGUUUAUUCUCUCUAACCUUUUAAAGCAAGGGCCAAGAAUGCAAUUUAUUUUCAGUAUUUGAAGAUGUAAAGUCCUGUCUGCUAAGUUAGAAAGUCAAUUGAAUACCAAAUGAAGUUUAUUUCUUACGUAAUAGAACAAACAUUUCUUUUUGCUUUGACUAACAAUGAUUUUAGGAAACAGGCUUUGAAGAAAGAAGAAACAAAGACUACAUUCUAAGUAUAUCUUCUAGUUUUGUUUCAUGUACUAGAGUGUAUACUUAUUGGCCCUGAGAUAAACCAAAAAUCAAAGCAGUGGCUACAACUUAGGUUGAGAAAACGCUCCUAUUUUAUUAAACUGCAUGGUUUCUCCCCGCCCUCCCCCCAUUAAAAAAUGUCAUGCUAUGUGGUAAAGAAAUCCAAUGGGGAAAACAUAUUGUAAUACACAAUUAUUCGUCUUAAGACUUGCGGUUUCAAAGCUUUAUUUGUUAACUUUGCCCUUCCUUGAGGAAAAAGGGCUUGUUAUAUUGCCAUCGUAAGAAUAAUCACAUUCUUUUUCAGAAUGAUGGUUUUUUUUUCCAUGAAAGUAAAUGAUGCCAUUACAAAAAUAAUCCAAAUUACUUUAAAUUAUCAAAAUAACUACUCUCCACUGUAUCGUUUACUAUUUCUUCUUAUGCCUUUUUCGCAUUUAAUUGGAUACCUCUUCUUCUAUAACUUUAAACUUUAAAAUACUUUAUGGAAUUUUGCAUAAUAUUUUAAGAAUAAAAUUUUAAGAUGUGUUUUAUGCUGGGCUUCAUAAAAACUCACUUUUAAAAACUAUUAGCAACAUUAGUGUCAAUAUUCAUCUUCCAAGAUAUCAAAUUUGGAGAUUUAUUCCUUAAGUAUAUUUCAAGAUUGACUCUUAGAAAAAGAAACAUAAUGAUUUGUAACAAAAAUAGUUUUAAAAUAUUAAAUUAUUAUUGAUUAAUUUUUUUAUUACUGACAAGGCAUUUUUUAGAUGCUUUAGAAUUGUCCAUUAUUCUAGUAGCAGUUUAGAGUACAAAUUACAUAGUUAGGUAACUUUCCCACACAUUUUUUGUCUCAGACAUUCUGUGAUCCAAUUUCUAAAUUGAAACAAUGACUUGUACACAUCUAAUUCAUGUUGAUGCCAAACCAGUCUCUCUAGUUUCAAUUUAGUAACCAGUCUGUUUCUAAACAUCUUUUUUUUUUUUUUUUAAGAUUUUAUUUAUUUAUUUGACAGAGAGAGACAGCCAGUGAGAGAGGGAACACAAGCAGGGGGAGUAGGAAAGGAAGAAGCAGGCUUCCAGCGGAG